AUGCUUGAGAGGCCCAGUGGAUAUGCUGGUGCGUUGGCUUCGUGCUCUCGGAAACUGUCGUGCGAAACUAGACUAACGGCUGGUGGCCCCAGGCCCUCUUCCGGUGGUGUACACAGCAGUCCUUUGCAAAAAGCGGCGGACCCAAACCGCUUCUACACAGAGUGUGAGCACAGCCUUGAUUUCUCUGGUGAAGGGGGAGAUUCAUUCUACAGCGGACACGCGAACUGCAGUUUAAAAGAUCUAGCCCAGCGAGCGCGAUCGUUUGCUGCGGUCGAAAGAAGUGUGCUGCAGGCAAACACAUCUGGGCAACCGCAUCCUCCAGGAACGUUUCUUGAAGCAGUGCUGCGUCAUUGCCGGAAGGCCGGAGAGCCCACCGCAAGCUUACUGCUUCUCUGGAUAUCGGUAGUGUACCCGCGGCUCAUCCGAGGUUCUGUGAACGAGGAAGAGGCCCUCGAGGUAUUGCGAACAUACCUGUCGGCAGCUAAGGGUCUAGGGAAGAAUGGCGCGCGUGAGGAGGAUCCGGCGGAGGAGGCGGAGAAGUAUCAGUCAAAAGAAAAAGAGUUCAUUCUUUCCGAUGAGGCAGUGCUCAUGGCAGUGGGAGAUGGACUCGUCGAGCGGCAUCGCCGCGUCCUGCCAGAAUCACCAGCCGCAUCCCGAGUGACUGCUUUGAUUAAACAUUUUGCAAAAAGCGUCAGCUAUCCGCCUGCGCAUCUUCGAUCGCCAGGCUGUGGAGUUGCCGGACAGCGACCAGGCGGAGGGCUUCGUGGACUGAAAAAGCUGGCUUUCGUUUGCAACAUUUUUGCUUCCCGGAUGCCUGCGCAUCGGGACUUCUUCAGUCUAGCAAGGUCCAAACAGGCGACUGCGGAGACCAUGAGUAUACUGGGCAGCGCCAUCGCUGAACAAGCUGAGAACCUUGGACCGCGUGAUAUGAGUGUGACGUGGAAUGCCUUUCGCCAAACAGGUGUAGUCCACUCGCAGCUAUUCCAUCGGCUUGUGAGGAAACUGCCGAUGAUAGCUGGAGAAUUCUCUGCUGCGCAGAUUGGGAUGACGCUUAACGCUCUGGGUCAUUUUCGAAUUCGUCAGCAAGACUGCCUUGAGCCACUCAUCUCGAGGGCGAAAACACUGCUCGAGCCGUACUCAUCCAUCAGUGAUAUCCUGGAUAUCCGUGCCGGCGGGCACCGUGACCAACAGCCUCCCUCUAUGAACUUCAGCGACUUCGGUGUUCAAAAUAUUGCUCUGCUUCUCAACAACGCGGCACGUCUGGAUUCAAUUGUCGACGUGGUAUUCGCCGAGGACCAGUCAUUGAGUUUCGUCGUGUUGUAUGCCGUCCAGCUCAUUGUCAUGGGGAGUUCAUCAGGACAGCCCACAGCGAAUAAUGUUUUACAUAGUGCGUCGGGAGGAGAGGUGCUGGAGGGACCAGCGCCGGCCCGGAGUCCUCUCGGGGCUCUCGCUUACUGCUGCGGGAAAUUUGCCAAUACGCCUUGUGUGCAAGCGCCUUCUGCGUAUUCCAGGUUCUCGUUCCUGGAAUAUCUUCCGGGUUUUACGCCUCAGGCAGCAGCAAACAUCGCCUUGGGAAUGGGCUUUGCACUCGCAGCGUUAGCCGGGCAAGCGCCGGAGGCCCUUAGCGCAGGGCUGAAUAACGCACUACGCGAGUAUUUUUCUGCCUGCGUGCGGUGUAUCGUCGCUGUGUCGGCAAUGGCGGUUCGAUCAUCCUCUAUCGAUCCAUUCUGGCGGCCGGCUCUGCAGAGAAGCGGUGGACACCUUCCGAGAUCUGGUGGCGAAGUCCCAAGAACCAGUACUCUGGAGCCGAAACACCGGUUCCAACUUCUCCAAGCGCUCCUAUGUGUGCAGCAUUUCGGAGGGGUAGCGCUGUGUCAAGAUUUUGGGACCGGCGAGUUGGCUGUCCUGAUACAUGUUGCGAGGGCCUUAACAGGCAAGUCACUUGACGGUGCCGUCGCAUGGUAG